CAAGAGUUGUCCUCUAUUCGGAACUCGAUUGUACUUUGAGUCAGAAUUAUAUCAUUUAAACAAAUCCCAUCGCCAUUGAGCGCAGACAUCCGUCAUUAUGGAGGACUUCCGUCUACGACACACUCACAAUGAUUACACUAUCGGAUGGGUUUGUGCGUUACCAAACGAACAGACCGCUGCUAUUCUCAUGCUUGAUGAUAGGCAUGAGGACCUCCCCAACCCAUCGGGUGACCACAAUACAUAUAUGCUUGGGAGCAUUGGCAAACAUAAUGUUGUUAUUGCUGGUCUGCCCUUAGGUAGGGUUGGCAACAACACUGCAGCAACAGUUGCAACCAGAAUGGUGUCCAGCUUUCCAAAUAUCCGAGUCGGCUUAAUGGUAGGGGUAGGCGGAGGUAUCCCUCACAAGACCCGGCUUGGAGAUGUGGUUAUUAGCUGCCCUAAUGGUACGGAGCCUGGCGUUGUCCAGUGGGACAUGGGCAAGACAGAGGCCGGCCAGUUCGUACGAACGGGAUCUCUGGCUCCUCCGCCAACAGCUUUACUUACAGCAUUGACAAGAUUUAAAGCUGAUCACAUCACAACACGAAGAAACAUGCUCAAGUAUUUAAAGAAGCUGGAAAAAGAUCCCGAUGUACCUGAAAGCUAUAAAAAAUCGGACUCUCUCCAAGACCUCCUGUUUCAUCCAAGCUACGGCCAUGUAGAAGCAGAUGAGUCUUGUCUGAGUGAUGAAGAUGAGGACGAUUGUCGCCGGUGCGAUAAGAGCAAGUUGGUUCGGAGAAGCAAAAGAGAGAGUGGCAUGAUACACUGCGGCUUGAUUGCAUCGGGCAACCAAGUUAUCAAAGACGCCAAUCUCCGAGACUCGCUGUCCAAGCAAUUUAAGAACGACAUCCUUUGUAUCGAGAUGGAAGCGGCAGGACUGAUGAAUGACUUCCCUUGCGUUGUUAUUCGAGGGAUUGCUGAUUAUUCAGACUCGCAUAAGAACGAGAAAUGGCAAGACUACGCUGCUGCAACGGCUGCAGCAUGCGCAAAGGCAUUACUCAUGGUAGUGGCUACGAGCGAGGUGGAUAAGCUUCAGCGAGUACAACUCACAAUCUCGCCUGGUCUUAUACAAAGUGCGAUGCACUAUUGGCCGUUUUGGAAAAAUGAGAAGAAAGAUACCGCUGAUCCAAGAGUGACAGCUUUUGAAGAUUCCAAUCUUGAAACUGAUUCUCGGCAUCCGCCGCUUGAAAUGGCCCAACUGGAUGACACAAGCCGCAACGCGAAGUCGGGGGAAACAAUUCCCGAAGAAGAGAAACCCCCAAAAGUGGCUGCCAUUGAAGCGCCAAAACGAGCAAGCUCUUAUGAUACUUCUACGACACAUCAAACGCUUGAAUCGUGGUUACAGGGAGCCCCGCCGUCUCUAGCAGCGAUGUUUCGACAAGGGAAUUACGAGGCUGCAAUGAGAGACAUCCGCAUGGGCCUCGGCCAAUCGCCGGUUCCCCGAAAAGAUGAAAAUCGAACUGAGAUGUUAUCAACUGAGCGAAGACAAAGUAUGCCCUCUCAAGCCUCCAUACCGUUUCCAGAAGAGUCCAAGGGCAAUACGUCCGAGAGGAAUGACAAACACAGUAACAUAAGACGCCAUUCAAAUCCUGUUCCAUCUGUCAAAACAAAUUCUUAUCCACUUGUCAAAACUCCCUCAGCUUUCUCGCCGGAGCAUAGAGCCCGUGGGCAUGAGCAGAGUCAAACGCAUAGUGAUGGCAGUGCUCCAUCAAUGCGCCAAAGCCCAUCGGGAUCGACCAAAUAUCGUUUUGGAACUCCAUCGCCUGUCCGGAGAGAGCAAGAAAGUCUUGUUUCCGAGCAGAAUCACGGGCAAUUUAACAAUGCGUCAGCCUCUUCAGGCCUGUACAUAUCAACGAAACACCCAAACAGCGGAUACGACGCCGAUGGAAGGGCUAUAGAGUACCCGUUGUCGCCUCCUCAAUCACCGCAGUCUACAAACCAAAGUAGCUACAUGAGAAGAGACAGCGGGUCACUAAUUGAUGACGAGGAAAUCCCAUCAGGAUAUGAUUCAUUUACUGAAAGCAAUGGCAUCCUUCGCGAAAAUCGCCCUUUAGUCGCAGAGCCAGACCAGAUCAACUCUAACGAAGGACAAGGCGGCGCUCCUCUCAGCCAAAGCCUACAGCACUCUUCUAUUACUGCUGAGAAAACACCAGCACAUGUUUCACGUACCGGGAGUAAUGAUAGGUCCUCAGUAUACAGGUACACAUACUCUCGCCAUCCAGGGGCAAGCGUGGCCAGCCCCGGCGAAUUACCGCGCAGUGCCACUCCUGUUCCAAGUCCACCGCCUCCUUAUUUAGCCAGGAAGAACUCAACAUCACGUCAACCCAUUAGAAAUAGCAAUCGUGGCCCAGGAUACAGCCGACCUCCAGGACCAAAUACGACCAAGCCCAGUGACAGACAACGCAGCUCCACCCCUACUCCCUCUCAAAGCAGACGGCCUCCUCUCAUGACUAUGGAUAACAACAGCGUACCUGCAUUGGGGACUAAAACUUCCCAGACUCGCUCCCAGAUUCAAUCCAAGCCACCAAAGAAAGUUCAGUCAAAUGCCCCUCCUUCCAGAUUACCACGACUGCGUCCAGCGGCAUGAUUUCUAUCUUCUGAUACAACUCCGCUCAUCAACGCAUUAGCCCGAAGGCAAGAUUUCAUACAGAAAUAUAUUAACACUCAACACUAUACUAUCAUUAGUUAUACUUUUCCUUUCUUUUCAUUUGUGUUACACGAUCUUUACCUAAUGUCAUGCAAUAGACAAAAGCUUUCCUUUGUUACGUCUUCAUUAGACCUCUCAAUUGGAUGAUAGAUACAUUUUUCUUUAAUAAAUAAAGCAUAUAUUCAGCUGCAGCACGCAGUCAAUGCUUACAAGAGAUACUUGCCUGGCCUACAUCUAUCUCUUGC